AUGCUACAAGACAGAUUAGCAAAGCUCACUUAUGAAACGAAGGUGAGAGGUAAAAGACAUAGAGGGCGACCUAUGAAGACCUGGAAAAUCAGAAUAAAGGAGGCCUUUGAAGAGGAUUGGACUGCUCGAGAAGAAAUCAACUGACCGAAAAGAAGCCGCAAGAAGCGAACUGCUGGAGCCGCCCGGACGAUGGCAUUGGCCUCUUUAGAGAGGCGGCCUAGGAAAUACCUUACCUCCCUCCGGGUGAACGGCCUACCUUGCGGCUGGAGUUUAUUGGGCAUUCGCUGUCUGGAGCUGGAGUCGUUCCCGCAACGGUAG